AUGAGAGCCUACUACUACGACAACCUCGAAGGCGACCAGCGUCUGCCCCACGAUUCCGGCCGCGAAGUCACCCCCUCCAAACUCUCCUCCCUCGGAAUCCUGCACUACUACUACCCGGACGACAUGGACGGCGUGAACAAGAUCGCCGCGGCGCGCAACUACAAGAACCGCGACGAGAUCGAAAUCUCCCCCUCCACGCUGCCCGGGUACGAAGAGAAGGUGAAGAAUUUCUUCCACGAGCACCUGCACGAGGACGAGGAGAUCCGGUACAUUCUCGGCGGGGGAGGGUAUUUCGACGUGCGGAGUGAAGGGGACGAUUGGGUGCGGAUUCGGUUGGAGAAGGGGGAUCUGAUGAUCAUGCCGGCGGGCAUCUAUCAUCGCUUCACGACGGAUGAGCAGAAUGUGAGUACCUACCUACCUACGGGAACUUUGGCACGUGAUGAUGACGGGAGGGACCGGGGAUGCUGAUGUGGGAUGCAGUAUACCAAGGCUGUGCGAUUGUUCAAGGAGGACCCGAAGUGGACUCCUCUGCAGCGUGGCGAGGAGACGGAUGCCAACCCAUUCCGAAAGGACUAUCUCAAGACGCGCGAGGGUUUGAGUGCUGCGUGA